GUCAUUGUGAUUGCCUCAGUCAUAGAUAAGUAGGUACAUCAUUUAUCAUCCUUUAUCGUCGUUGUCAUCACCGUCACCAUCAUGGUGCUCUCGUUGUUCUUUAUCAAUGAAAAGUUCACAGAGCAGCUUCGGCGCUCUGGGUCAAGGGCCAUUAAGGCCAUGGCGGAUCUGCAUCGGCUGGCCGACAAGGACGGAUACGUUUCACGAUGCGAGUUUGAUGAUGCGCUGAAGAAGGCGUGCAUAUUUUUACCCACUGAGGAGGUUGAUGUACUCUUUCGUGCCUACGGCAAGGGAGAUCCUCCGGUUGAUGCCCCCAAGGUUUGUGAUUGUAGAAAAUACCCGCUCCGGGACCAUGGCUGUGAACACCUGUCACUCAAGGCGCAGGAACAGUGCCGCCACGCCCACCAACAACAACCACCAAAACAAAAACAACAACAUCUGUGUGAAAAGCCAGUAGGCGACAGGAAGCUCGUGGAGAAGCUUUGUGCCGGGACUUAUCAUCAUAGCAAGAGCGGUAAAAUUAAGAAGGAGACCAGCAAGGAGACUUCUAAUUGGGACGGCAGAGGCCCAAGUGGGCGCAUUCACUUGGACAAGUUUCUGGACGCAGCAUUGGGAAAGAUGAAUGAUUUCAGGCAUAAGCUUGUGUCGGCGGCGUUUGCAAAAAUUGAUAAAGAUCGCAAGGGUUACGCGACCAUCGAUGAAAUCAACUGUUACUAUAAUGCGCUCUGUCAGCCCGCCGUCAUGGAGAGGCGGAAGGACGAGGACCAGAUGCUGACUGAGUACCUGGACAUGUCGUUCCGUUUGCUGGAUAAGAUCUUCCCUUGGGAGUUCAAACUUUAUCAUCAACUGGUGAGCGCCGAGGUGAGAGAGGACAAACACUUUGAGCUUUUGAUGAUGAAGGACUGGAAGGUUUGCCCGGACGGUUUCGAUGUCGACGCCGCAGAGAACAAAGUCAAGCUCACGGUUUACAGAAACCGCAUCAAUUUGGCGGAGUUCUUUAUCGACUUUGACAAGCUGCGGUCCGGGUACAUCACCGGAACCCAGUUCCAAUCCGGUCUGGUCCUUUCGGGUGUCACCGUUACCGAACGGGAAAUGACGGCGCUUGCGGACAAGUAUCGGAACCCGUUGGACGGCCAGAAACGGACCUGCUACCGGGCCUUUGUUGAUGAAGUCAACACCGUGUUCACUCUGAAAGAGUUGGAGCGAACUCCGCUGCGGUACGUGCCUCCCGUUCCACCUCUGCUGGGCAACUACACGGAAAGGUUCCGCAUCGGUGAGCGACAUCUCACACAGGAGAAGGAGCACAAGCUGUCCUUCCUCAUCGAGAAGAUCAGGCGCAUGUGCAAAAUCAAGGGUGUGCUGGCGAAACCGCUUUUUGAUGACGCUGCCAAAAAUGUGAACAGCACCAAGAGGGUCGGACACGUCACCAUGUAUCAGUUCCGCCAAGCUCUGAAGACGAAGAUGGGAAUCUCUCUCAGUGACGAUGAUUUCUUCCUCAUUGCAGAAAAGUACGACGAGCAAAUGGAUGGGAUGAUAAAUUACGUCGCAUUUGUUGGAGCAGUAGACCCUCCGCCGACUCCGUUCGACCCGUACAGAGACUGAACCCCCCCCCCAACACACAAACACACCAGUACCACCACCACAGUGACUACCGCCAAUUUGAAAAUUGUCCCUCUUUGCAUGUAUUAUGUUUGCAUGCCUCUAUACUUCUUAACUUGGGGACUUGUUUUCUAAAGUCCUACUGUGAAACUGCAUGUGGGUGACUGCACCCCAAGAUACAGGGUGAAGGAGGGGGGCAGAGUACGGAAAAAAGCUUGUGUUUGGACUUCUGCACCCAGCACCCUCAGCUACAGAUACAUGACAUCCUGUGUGUUGAAAAAACAAAACAAAAAAAAAGACAUCCUCGUGUUCUGCAUGUGGAGUGGUUGCAGUCUGACAGACUCUGAGGCAUUUGUGUAAGCAAGAAACAAAGUUUAACUAGCCAC